GCUCGCACCGGGCGGAGGUCGCGGCCCCUCGUCGCCGGGCAGAGGGCGAGGAAGGCGAUGGGUCCAGUGUGGCCCAGCUUGGAUGGGCCCGAACGGAGGCCGUCGCAUGAGGCUGGGCCAGAUCCGGGGCCUGGAUUCGAGAGCUGGGGCCGCCGCUUCAGCGAGGACCCGAAGAGUGGCGGGUGUCUUUUAUGAAUAAUCAAAAGCAGCAAAAGCCAACGCUAUCAGGCCAGCGUUUCAAAACUAGGAAAAGAGAUGAAAAAGAGAGGUUUGACCCUACUCAGUUUCAGGACUGUAUUAUUCAAGGCUUAACUGAAACUGGUACUGAUUUGGAAGCAGUAGCAAAGUUUCUUGAUGCUUCUGGAGCAAAACUUGAUUAUCGCCGAUAUGCAGAAACACUCUUUGACAUUCUGGUGGCUGGUGGAAUGCUGGCCCCAGGUGGUACACUGGCAGAUGACAUGAUGCGUACAGAUGUCUGUGUGUUCGCAGCACAAGAAGACCUAGAGACCAUGCAAGCAUUUGCUCAGGUUUUUAACAAGUUAAUCAGGCGCUACAAAUACUUGGAGAAAGGUUUUGAAGAUGAAGUUAAAAAGCUGCUGCUGUUCUUAAAAGGUUUUUCAGAGUCGGAAAGGAACAAGCUGGCUAUGUUGACUGGUGUUCUUCUGGCUAACGGGACACUUAAUGCAUCCAUCCUCAAUAGCCUUUAUAAUGAGAAUUUGGUUAAAGAAGGGGUUUCAGCAGCUUUUGCUGUAAAGCUCUUUAAAUCGUGGAUAAAUGAAAAAGAUAUCAAUGCAGUAGCUGCAAGUCUUCGGAAAGUCAGCAUGGAUAACAGACUAAUGGAACUUUUUCCUGCCAAUAAACAAAGCGUUGAACACUUCACAAAGUAUUUUACUGAGGCAGGCUUGAAAGAGCUUUCCGAGUAUGUUCGGAAUCAGCAAACCAUAGGAGCUCGAAAAGAGCUCCAGAAAGAACUUCAAGAACAGAUGUCACGUGGGGAUCCAUUUAAGGAUAUCAUUUUGUAUGUCAAGGAGGAGAUGAAAAAAAACAACAUACCAGAACCAGUUGUCAUUGGAAUAGUCUGGUCAAGUGUAAUGAGCACUGUGGAAUGGAACAAAAAAGAGGAGCUUGUAGCAGAGCAAGCCAUCAAGCACUUGAAGCAAUACAGCCCUCUACUUGCUGCCUUUACUACUCAAGGUCAGUCUGAGCUGACUCUGUUGCUGAAGAUUCAGGAGUAUUGUUAUGACAACAUUCAUUUCAUGAAAGCCUUCCAGAAAAUAGUGGUGCUUUUUUAUAAAGCUGAAGUCCUGAGUGAAGAGCCCAUUCUGAAGUGGUAUAAAGAUGCACAUGUUGCAAAAGGGAAAAGUGUCUUCCUUGAGCAAAUGAAAAAGUUUGUAGAGUGGCUCAAAAAUGCUGAAGAAGAAUCUGAGUCUGAAGCUGAAGAAGGUGACUGAAUUUUGAAACUACACCCUCAGUAAAGCAAACAGGAGUUGUAGAUAAAGUGUCAUGUCUCAUGUGUCCUGGUUCUUACAUCUUCCUACCUCCCUAUAUCAAGCAUGAUAUAAGGGCUUUCAUGGCAAAUUUUAUUUUAACUGUUUCUGUGGUUACUGAAAAUGUUGGGUUUAGUUUCUACAACCAUGUUUUAAGUAGCUACAGGAGCUAUAGAUUUGAAUCUGAUGUUGCAUUUAUCUUUUCAGUUAUCUUCUACCUCCUGUAUUUUCUACUGUAAUAAUGUAAUUUAAGGCCUUCCACAGUGAACAGUUUACUUUAUUCCCUGGGUUUUCUAUAUAAACAGUUUUCAAGAUAUGAUUUGGUUAAAAACAAUUUGUUAUAAAAAUUCUGUUUGCAAAUUAAACUGUAAAAGUAUCCAAAGUCUCAAAAAGCAAUUGUGUGAUAAUUUGAUAUGAAAUGAAGAAGUGGCAUAUUUUAUGCCCAGAGCCCUAUCAUCAAUGAAAAUCUCAUACAUAAUAAUUGAAUUCAUUCACUUGAAUCUUGAGUAUUCAGACCAUUGCUGCGUGUUAACAUAUUUUCUUGCAUUUUAAGCUCAGUUGUUUGCUCUCUGGUUUUCAUUCUUAGUGAAACCAGGAAGAAUAAACUUGAAAGUGAGGUCUUUGAGAAAUCAUAUAUAGCAGAGAUGAUGGGAGGAAGAAAGUUGAGCUUUUUACCAGAGAAACUUUUGCAUUCAGUUGAUAUAGCUCCAUUCAAAACAUGGUGCUUCUAUUCAGACAGCCAUUUUCAAAUAUACCUUAAAGAAAUGUCUUGUCAUUCAAAGUAUUUAUGCUCAUAAUAGACUUAAUAGGAUUGAUAGGAAAGGAUUCAAAAAGGAAUGCAAGUAAAGGAAAUGACUGAAGUACUAAACCCAGUAAAAACUGUUCUAAGUGAGAUGAAGUAUAACUCACAUUUCUUAGUGACAUAGAGUAUUUGUUAUGAAGAAUGAAGUGCAGUGAUAAUGAUACAUUCCCACUUGGUCAUACUGGACUGGCUUCAUUCUCCUAACAUAUUCCAUAAUGAUUUGAGCAUCAGGCUAUUAACAUUCCCUAGUUGCCGUUUUUUAAUUGCCAUGAGCCAAACAUUGCAUCUAUAUCAUUGAUCCAUUUAUUUUAAUGGCUGCCUUUAAUUUUCAUCUUUGUUCUCUUGCUGCUACCCAUCUGUGUACGUAGUCAUUAAAUGUGGCCACAUUUUUGAUGGAAAGACUUCAUGUUAAAAGUGAACAUUUUGAAGGGGUUCUGAUUGGUGAAAGAAACUAGCCUGGAAUAAUGCCACCAAAGACUGAGUGGAAAUUACCCCUUUCUAAGGUGCCAUCCUUUUGAGCCAAGAAUUUAGUCUUUAAAAUUAAAAAUUCAUCUUGAGGGAAUAAUGUGUAAUAUAAUUUGAAAUAAAGAUAAAGUGACCAUAUGAAAAAAGCAUUAUAAUUGAUAACAUUGUAAAUGGGGUGAAUUUGUUAAAUGAAUAACUUUGAUAAAGUUUUCGUGUACAGGCAAAAUGUUAUUCACUAAGUUUCUACAUAGUGAUCUGCUUUUACUUUGUAAUUUGUAGUCCUCAAAAGGCUUUUUUUUAAAUAAAAUCCAUCCUUACACUUAGGUUUUAUAGGUCAGUCCUGUUUUUUUUAAAUUUGUUUUAUAAAUUCCAUGUUAAUACCUAAUAUUACUGUAUGUUAUGCAUUUAGUGGUCUUUACUGUGUAUUAAAUAAUUGCUCUUGUUCAGUUUAUGAAUCCUAAACUAUAAACACCUACACAAUUCUGAUGUAGCUGAAACUGCAUUAACAUGUUUCUACAACCAAAUCAUUGCAUGUUACUGCCAUACAAAGUGUACCCUGUUUUAUUAUGUACUAUGUAUAGGAAGAGUAUGUGGUCUUCCAAUAUGACAUUACAAUCUCUGAGCAGAGUAUUUUCCCUCAUGACACAGUAGUGCUUGCUCAGUACAAUAUUACAGUAAUAGACGUUACCUAUGAUGAUAUAAUGUAAAAAAAGGGAAUACUUUUAAAAAGACUUUGCAGAUUUUCAUUUUGAAUUUUAAAUGGUAAUUUUGGAAUGCUGUUACCAGUGCCAACCUUUGGCCCCAAAUAUGUAAUUCUUGAUAUAGAUGAUAAAACUUUUAAUUUUGAUUGGUUAAGUGUGUGUUGAUUUUUCUAACUAGAUGUCAGAUACCAUAACUAAAUGCGUAUUUAGAGCUGGCCAUAAGUUUUAGUCUUAAUUACUCUGAGAGUAUUGUCCUGGAAAGACUUAACUCUAUUCUUAUGAAAACUCCAGAUACCAAGAAUGCUAUGCAUUAUUUUGCCAUAGUGUAAUGAUGGUCAUGAGGGGAAAUACAUGUAUGUGGCUGAGAGAUUUACUCUGAGUGAUCUCAACUUUUUUCUCAUCAACUGCCCUAUAAGAAAAGAAGCCUUAUUAGACAUUUUUUUCCUAAUAUUCCCCCAUGUGAAAUUUUAAUAUGUCAUGUAUACUAUAGAUGUAUCUAUGGUGUAUAUUUAAAAAGCUAAGAUUUUUUUCACCCUUCAUUGAGAAUGCCUGCCCUACUUUAUCUUUUUUUUUUUUAAGAAGAAAAGGAUCUAAUGAGUCAUUUUUUAUGCUUAUGCAUAGAAAAUAGAGGAAAUACAUUUUCUGCCAGUCUGUCUGUCAGCAGUUGUCCUUUGUAUCUUAACCCAACUUAGGCAGUCAGGCAAGUGAUUUUCUGUUGGCUCUUGAAGUCCUAACAGAUUCUUGAUUAUUAUAUCGUAAGUAGGAUGAUUCAGGUUUCUUCUGUUCUAUAAAAAUCCUCUAGGUGAGUAUUUUAAUUAAAGUUGUUAGACACAAUAGACUUGGGUAAAUGAUAAAUACCAAGGUUUUACUGUAAGUUAUUACUUAAACUACUGAAUUCUGUGAUUUCUAUGUAGCAAAAUUUACUUUUGCCCAACUUGUGAUUUUCCUCUAAUAUCUGUUUCUAUGAGAAUUCUGAUUUAAGUAUUUCUAUUCACCAGCCUACCAAGGCCUAAAGAUUUAAAGCAUCAUUGUCAGGGAAGCAAAAAAGUUUUUCAGUAGGCUUGAUUUAAGUUGAAUCUGGAGGAUGUAAUAAAUACUUGUGGCCUCUAAGUAAAGAAUUUAUAAUUGGCUCCUAAGAACUUGAAUUACAGUGAAUGUGUACCUAAACACAUCUUACGUAUAACUGUAUGAAGCUUGGUGUGUUUCAGAAAGGUUCUGCUCCUUUCCUGGUCCACUUUUCCCUUUUUUUUUUUUUUUUUUCAUUCAACUGUGGGCAUUUAGCAACCAUGCCAAAGCCAAUCAUUCUCAUUUUCCAGUGUACUUAUAGUCCUGUCCUCAUUCUAAGAUAUAGUCUCAUCUCUUAGUAAAUUGAAAGGGUAAGAAGGGUAAGAAUACUUUACAACUGCUGUCAACCUCUGUCAAUUUAGUAACUUAAUCAGAAUUUUAAAAGGUCAACUGCUUGUGGUGCCUAUAGUGUACCCUAGAGUAGACAGUGGUAAAAAUCUGAAUCCCUUACUUGGUAAGGUUUUAUCUAAUGAGGGAUCAGUAUCUUAAUGAUAGGAUUAGAAUGUUUAUGGUUGUGCCAGUGCAGCUUCUAGAAUUUGUGCAUUAAAUGUAUGAUGGAUAUGGGUGCUACAAAGUUAUCAAGUAUAAUUGGACUGUUCUGUUUCAGUGGAUUUCUAGGCAGUGUAACCAUUUCGAAAUAUCAAGCAAACCAAGCUAGGAGCUAAUUCAUGCUAAUAUGCUAAGGGCAAAGUAAUAGCUUGUCGUUUUUUAAGCUGAAAUCCUAAAAGCUGUGCUUAAAAAUUAACUUUAACCCUAUUUAGGAAAUAAAGGGCCCAUUUAUAGACUGAAGCCUCUGUUCAGCAAGAUGCUAACAAUCUCUGAGGUUUUAAGAAUGAAGUAUGUUUUCUGUAAAUACACCUCAUUUCCAUUUUAGUUAGGAGUAAUGGGUCCCAGCAUGGCAAACUGUUGAAUGGAGAAAACAAAAUAGCUGAUAAUUCAGAUAGCUCUCAGCACUGAACAACCUCAAGUACAGCCAUCCAAGCCAGUAGUUUUACUGCUGCAUUAUUUCUGUGUUUAACUGUGAAACUUGCUUGUCUGUACCCUUGGAAUUGAAUAAAAUUUCAUGAGACUUCCUGUUAAUGUAAA